CACCUAUUGCCUCCAAAGGAAAAAUUGGAGCGCAGGGCUGGAAUUCAAAAGAGCAACUGCCAGAGCACCGGGCUGGAAGAAGUUCCCUCUUGCUCCAGGACUCAAGCCACAGAAGGAAGAACCCGAGGGUGGGGAGGAGUCGGGGCCACCCCCGCCCCCAGCCCCACGUCGGUGCCACCCGCGGAGAUGAAAUGUGAGCCCGGGUGGCCCAGGACGCCGGAGCGGCUGCCUCGCCUGCCGCCUGAGCGCCGCGGGCAGAGACAAAGAGACCUCGGCCCCAGCGCAGCCCCGCGCGCCCCGGCCGGGCUCCCCUCGAAGACGCUCAGGGCAAUGGCCCGGUCCCCGCGCGACCCCCCUCUCGGGAGCGCUGCCCUCUCCCUCUGACCGCGCUCCGGUUCCUCCGCGGCCCGGGCUCUCCCUUCUCCCCCCCAUCAGCCCUCUCUCCAGUCUGUGCGUCUGUCCGUCUGUCCUGGCGCGCAACCUCCGGCCACCGGCUUGGAUGGACGCGCUGAGGCUGCCCGGGGGUCCAGGAAUCUUGCUUCCGAAGCUGGUCCUGCUCUUUGUCUACGCAGAGGAUUGCCUUGCUCAGUGUGGCAAAGACUGCAGAUCUUACUGCUGCGAUGGGGCCACGCCCUACUGUUGUUCCUACUACGCCUAUAUUGGGAAUAUCCUCUCGGGCACCGCGAUUGCUGGCAUCGUGUUUGGAAUUGUAUUCAUCAUGGGGGUCAUUGCGGGGAUUGCCAUAUGUAUCUGCAUGUGCAUGAAAAACAACCGUGGGACCCGGGUGGGCGUCAUCAGGACCACCCACAUCAAUGCCAUCUCCUCCUAUCCCGUGGCACCACCGCCCUAUAGUUAUGACCAUGAGAUGGAAUACUGUGCCGACUUGCCGCCUCCCUACUCUCCCACCCCACAGGCUUCCGCGCAGCGUUCUCCACCCCCUCCUUAUCCUGGAAAUUCAAGAAAACAGUCCUUCUCCCAGAACAGAAUAUGUGCCAAUCAGAGAUCUUGCUUGGAAUAAAAGGCUUGCUCUAAGGAGUA